GUUCUCUCCUCCUCACCCCCUCCUCUCAGCUCCGGUCAGGUUGGUUGGCAGAGCAAGGGCGAUAAGGAUCGAGCCAUGACGUCAAAGGAGCAGACCCGCUAAAGCCGAGCCUCUGGAGGGCAUCGUUGAGAGGUGGAGAUACAGACUCCGACCCAGACCGGGACGGAGCUGGAGAGCACAGCAGCCGCGGGCUGGUGCUGCUACCAGAAAGCCUCCAACUCACUGGGACAGCUCCCCGCCGGGACUUGCGCUCGGAACUCAGCCCCAGCACAGUCCCUAGCAACAGUCACGCCCAAAAGGUCGAGGAGUCAUGGCUCUGGCUGAAUUUGGUCUCCUCACUUGGCUUCGGGAGAGCCGACAGUCGAGGAAACUAAUCCUUUUUAUAGUAUUUCUUGCUCUCCUCUUGGACAAUAUGCUGCUCACUGUUGUGGUGCCCAUCAUUCCCAGUUACUUAUACAGCAUUAAACAUGAAAAUAAUGCCACAGAAAUACAAACUGCUAAACCAGAAACUGGGUCUCCCACCUUCAGCAGCAUCUUCUCCUAUUACGACAAUUCCACGAUGAUCACUGGAAAUACCACUAGAGCACGUGGACAAGGACAGUCCUAUAAAACAGUGACAGAGCAAAUGGUGGUCAAUGCAACGAGCAUCCCAUCUGAUUGUCCCAAGGAAGACAAAGACCUGCUUAAUGAAAAUGUUCAAGUUGGCUUAUUAUUUGCUUCCAAAGCGACCAUUCAGCUCCUCACUAACCCUUUCAUAGGGCCAAUGACUAACAGAAUAGGCUACCAGAUCCCAAUGUUUGCAGGAUUCUGUAUAAUGUUUGUGUCUACUAUAAUGUUUGCUUUUUCUAGGAGUUACACAUUACUCCUCAUAGCAAGAUCCUUGCAAGGAGUGGGUUCUUCUUGUUCUUCUGUAGCUGGGAUGGGUAUGCUGGCCAGUGUUUACACAGAUGAUGAAGAAAGAGGCAAUGCCAUAGGAAUUGCCUUGGGAGGACUUGCCUUGGGAGUGCUAGUGGGACCACCCUUUGGCAGUGUGAUGUAUGAAUUUGUGGGGAAGACCGCUCCUUUCCUAGUUCUGGCUGCCUUAACUCUGCUGGAUGGAGCUAUUCAACUGUUUGUUUUCCAACCAUCCAGGGUUCAACCAGAAAGUCAGAAAGGAACUUCUCUAGUCACCCUGUUGAAGGAUCCCUACAUCUUAAUUGCUGCAGGGUCAAUCUGCUUUGCAAACAUGGCUAUUGCAAUGCUUGAACCGGCAUUACCAAUCUGGAUGAUGGAGACCAUGUGUUCCAAGAAGUGGCAGCUGGGCGUUGCUUUCCUACCGGCUAGUAUCUCUUAUCUUAUUGGAACCAAUAUUUUUGGGAUACUUGCACACAAAAUGGGAAGGUGGCUUUGUGCUCUCUUGGGGAUGAUCAUUGUUGGAAUCAGUAUUUUAUGUGUACCAUUUGCAAAAAACAUUUAUGGACUGAUCGCACCAAAUUUUGGAGUUGGUUUUGCAAUCGGAAUGGUGGAUUCCUCAAUGAUGCCCAUCAUGGGCUACCUGGUAGACUUACGCCAUGUCUCUGUCUAUGGGAGUGUAUACGCCAUUGCAGAUGUUGCCUUUUGCAUGGGCUUUGCAUUGGGUCCUUCUGUUGGUGGGGCCAUUGCAAAAGCAAUUGGGUUCCCUUGGCUCAUGACAAUUAUUGGGAUCAUUGACAUUCUCUUUGCCCCCCUCUGCUUUUUCCUUCGAAGCCCACCUGCCAAGGAAGAAAAAAUGGCAAUACUCAUGGAUCAUAACUGCCCAAUAAAAACAAAAAUGUACACACAGAACAACAUUCAGUCAUAUCCUACAGUGGAUGAUGAAGAAUCUGAAAGUGACUGACAACUUCAAAAGCCAUAAAUAUUCUGUGGUAUAACAAUGCAGUGUUUCCUGUGAAACAGCUCAUGAAAAAAAUUUUUUUAGUUGUACUGUAUGCUAAUGAUGUAGUUAAGAAACCAAAGGUUAAAUACAUUUCCCUCCCAAUGUUAUGAAAGAUUGCUAACAG